AUGAGAUUGCGACCAACAGCACUACAAUCCGUCGCGCGCGACUGGACCGGAAAGACCUGUCGCAUCCGCCUGCUAUCCACCACUCCAACCCGCAACAGCAGACUACGCGUGCGUCUAGAUAUCCCUCCUCCAUUUCCCGUGACGGAAAAAUGUCCAGAACCAAGCUGCGAUUGCCCGACGACACCUGCCAUGCCCGAGGGCCUUCCAAUCGACCACGAGCAAGCAUUGAACGGGACAAUGGCAGCCUUUACACAGCAACUCCUCGUCUGCACAGGACAACGGGAUUGGACAAGUCGCAUCGAUGAAGACGGCGAGAACCAAGGCUGGGGAAAUCUCCUACGAGGAAUGAAGCGUCAACUAGGUCGCGGGGGGCCUUACCUAGAUGUAUGCGAUCCCUCGCCCUCAGCUCACUUGCCAGCACAACGAGACCUUGCUAACACACGGAAGCCAUUCAACAACGUCCUCACGACAGCCACCUCAAUCGCCCCCUCAGCAAGCUCCCCAACAACAGCCUCCGCCUUCCUCUUCCCAAGCUUCAAAUACAUCCCCUCAAUACCCGUAGACACGGCAUCCCCCACAAACCCAGACCCAGACCCAAAAGCCGACCUCGUCACAUUCAUCCGCGCCUACCUACUCCCAAAACGCCUCCACGACAUGCACUCCUCCCUCCCCCCGGCAAAACAAGAAGCCAUGACGCGUGCCCCCGAACUAACCUCCCACUUCCCCGACGCAAUCGACAUCAACCACUCGCCCACGAUCCUCAUCUGCGGCCACGGCGGCCGCGACAUGCGCUGCGGCAUCAUGGCGCCAGCCCUAGAAAGCGAGUUCCAGCGCGUUUUCCAAGCGCGCGGAUUCACCGCUGGCAGUGACGGCGCCCAGGCGACGAUCGAUGCACCAGACCAUGUGAAUAUCGGGCUGAUUAGCCAUAUUGGCGGUCAUAAGUACGCGGGUAAUGUCAUUGUUUAUAUUCCGCCGGGGAUGAUGUCUGGCGAGGAUGGUUCGGUGCCGCAUCCGUUGGCUGGGAAGGGCAUUUGGUAUGGGCGUGUUGAGCCGAAACAUGUGCGGGGUCUUGUUGAUGAGACUGUCUUUGGGGGGAGGGUUGUUAGGGAUCAUUUCCGUGGUGGUAUUGAUCGGUCGGGGGAUAUUUUGAGGCUUUAG